UAAAGAGUUAUCAAAAGUCCGGAAAUCUCAGUGCUUGACCAUUUUCUCUGCUUCAAACACUUGUGGGUGGGUUUGCGUAGAUAUGGAGCUUCUCCCGGAAGAAAUAGAGCGAGAAUGUCUGCUAAGAGUGUCGUAUAAAUCUCAUCACAAUCUUCGUGCCGUCUGCAGAAGUUGGGAAGCGGUGGUGAAGAGCAGUCGAUUCUACCAAGACAGGAAGAAAUUUGGGAUGGGCGAAGAGCGUAUAUGUUUGAUCCAGGCUCUUCCCCAGCAACACGAAUAUAAGCAGAGAUCAGCACCGGCUUAUGGAGUAACCAUUUAUGAUCCUCUCAAAAGCUCAUGGGAAAGACUCCCCAAUAUUCCCACCGGAUUCCCACUGUUUUCUAACUGUGUUUGCGUCAAUCAAAAGCUUGUUGUGCUUGGAGGCUGGAAUCCUCACACAUGGGAGGACAGCAAGGCAGUUUUUGUGUACGACUUUUGUUCCUGCACAUGGAAAUCGGGCACCGACAUGCCUACGCUGCAAUCUUUUUGCGCUUGCUCUGUGUCGCCGCAGGGACUCAUUUACGUGGCCGGUGGACAUGACCAAAAUAAAAAUGCCCUGCGGAGAGCAGCAGCAUAUAAUGUAGAGAAAGAUAAGUGGGAAGUUCUGCCUGAUAUGCAGUCUGAAAGAGACGAGUGCCAUGGUGCUUUCCUUCAGGGGAAGUUUUAUGUCAUAAGCGGCUAUGAAACGCAGUCGCAGGGUCGAUUCGAGCGGAGUGCACAAGUUUUCGAUCCAGAGACUAGAUUAUGGAGUACCCUCGAGAAUAUGUUUAAGUUUGGAGGAUCGGCUCAUGCCUGUGUGGCUGCAUUUGGUAAUCUUUAUUUUUUUGAGAAAGAUGGUGUGAUGGAAUACGAUUGUGAAGGAAAUGAAUGGAGGAAGGUGUGCUCUCUUCCUCUUGAUAUCAAGAAUGUUACGCGUGCUUCGGUAUGGCGUGAGUCUGUAUUUUUGUGUGGGUCUGCUAAUGGAAGUGGGGAUACUGUGUUCUAUAUGUUUAGACCUCCAUCUAAUGGAGAGGUGGGCUCUCAGAACUGGAUUCCUGUUCAGAGGCCCCAAAAUUAUAUGGGCUUUGUUCAAUCCUCUGCUAGUUUAGAGAUAUGAAAUGUUGCUUUGUUCUUUUUAUGUCAAGUCCCGAGAGAGUCUUUGUUAAACACACACAGAUAUUACUUUCCUCAAAGAAUAUUAGUUUAUUCUGUAUGCGAGGCAGAAUUUCUGGGAAACAUGGAAGGUAUUAACGUUUGUGAACAAUGGACUGUUAUUUAUAUGAAAGUUCUCACAAUAACAUCUAUUUUAUUUGUAAAUUAAUUAAUUGAAUAUGAUCAAUAUAUACAAUUAAUUUAGAUAUAA